UUCAGAGGGGAGGGUCGCAGCGAACGUCGCGCGUACACCGUGAAUACCGGCGUGAUCAGGAGAGACUGAGAGACCGUGUCGUGAGGAGAGAGGAAGUGGUGCGUUACAGAGGACAGACAGGAGUAGCCGGGAUACCCCGGCGGUGCGAUGUGGCUGUGACGGCUGUGACGUCACGCUCCAAGAUGACGUCACCGCUGACCCGUAUGGCACUGCUGCUGCUGUGGGCAGCGGCGGCGGCGGCGGCGGCGGAGGGGGCGGCGGGCCCGUCUCGGCCCCUUGUGGCUCAGCUCGACCUGGGAGAGGAGACGCGCCGUCUCACACACCUGGUAGUGGACGACGGCCGGCUGUUCGUGGCCGGCGUGAACCGACUGCUGGAGCUCGGCCCCGACCUGCAGGUGGUCUCUCGGGUCAUCACCGGCCCGGUGCAGGACGCGCCCGUCUGCCCGGCCUCCGGCUGCCCACCUGAGGUGGCCGCUGAGCCCACCGACAACGUCAACAAACUGCUGCUGGUGGCCGGCGAGCGGCUACUCAGCUGCGGCUCGGUCCGCCAAGGCGCCUGUCGGUUCCACGACCUCAACAACAUCUCACGCUCGGACUUUGUCGACGUGGAGGUGGCGGCCAACGACGAGACUUCGUCGACGGUGGGCUUCCUGGGCCCGCAGAGGUACCAGCGAUGGGAGCCGCCCCAGGUGCUCUACGUAGGAGCCACCUUCACCGAUGUGGGCCCGUACCGACACGACGUGCCGGCCAUCGCCACGCGCCGGCUCGACGACCUGCAGUACGCAGAGUUCUCCUUCUCGCAGCAGUCGCUGAUGCGCAUCGAUGUGAAGUAUCGUGAUCAUUUUCUCGUGCAGUAUAUGGACGGCUUUAGUGCCGGUGAUUUUGUGUACUUUGUGACGGUGCAAAAGAAGUCGCACCUGCCCGGUCAGGACGAGGUGGGCUACGUGUCGCGGAUAGCGCGCGCCUGUGUGACGGACCCAAACUAUAACAGCUACACAGAGAUAACGGUUUCGUGCGGCGCGUAUAACCUGGUGCGAUCGGCGCACCUGACUUCCGCUGGCGCCGACCUGGCCACGGCGGCCGGCGUGCGGACGGGCGACCCGGUGCUGGUGGCCGUGUUCUCUCCCAGCGACGGCAACACGAUGGUGUACCAGAACCGGUCGGCCGUGUGCGUGUUCCCUCUCGCCGAAGUGGACUAUAAGUUCAACGAGAACAUCCACAUGUGCUUCAACGGCACAAUGCAGUACCGCAACAUGGACUACAUCUCGGGGAAGAUUCUGGACGGCCAGUGUCCCGAGGCCAGGGGCUCUGGUCGCAACAUCCCAGAUUUCUGCGAGGUCGGUCUGAAGAUCUCUGGUGUGUCUCCGCUGGAGGGAAGCCCGGCGCUGGAGCUGCCGAACGUGGGCGUCACCGGCCUGACCGUCACCACCACCUCGGCACACACGGUCGCCUUCCUGGGCACCAACAGCGGCAACCUCAUCAAGGCGCUGAUCGUGUCACCCGAGGUGGCCCGUCGCUACGAGACGCUCUCCGUGGACCCGGGCAGCGCCAUCGCCUCCGACCUCCAGGUCACCGCAGGAGGAGAGUUCGUCUACGUCCUCUCCACUCAGAAGGUGUCUAAGGUGCGCGUGCAGACGUGUGAGAAGUACACCAACUGCUCGUCGUGCCUGGGCUCCGGAGACCCCUACUGCGGCUGGUGCUCGCUCGAGAAAAGAUGUACGAUCCGCUCGGAGUGUCAGAAGGCACAGCAGAGCUCGCCUCGAUGGCUGACGUUCGGAGCCGGCCAGCAGUGUAUCGACUUCGAGCAGGUGCUGCCGGACAGGAUCCCCGUCGAUCAGACCGUCACGGUUGAGCUGACCAUCAGAACGCUGCCGGCGCUGCCUCCCGGCGCAAAGUACCAGUGCAUCUUCGGGGGCACGCCACCCACGGACGCGCGGGUCACCGCCACCGGCCUGUCGUGUCAGACGCCGCCGCCCGAGCUGCGGCCCGCCGUGCCGCCCGGAGCCGACCACGUGGCCGUGCCGCUCUCCGUGCGCUCCUCAGAGACCAACAAGGACUUUGUGUCGCGCGAGUUCUCCUACUACGACUGCGGCCGGCACGCCACGUGCGCCGACUGCGCCAGCUCGGCCUGGGCGUGCAACUGGUGUGUGUACGACAACAUUUGCACGCACAACGCCACCUCCUGCCGUCGGACGGUCGUCUCCGGUGAAAACAACCCGGCUCGUCUCAUCACACACGGCGCCGCCUUCUGCCCGCGUUUCAAGCCCAAGUCGACGCCGACCCUGCUGCCGAACGGCCAGCGAAGUCAGGUCGUUCUCGAGGCGGAGAACCUGCCGCGACCAGAGCCUGGACAUGCCGCCUUCCACUGCAUCGUCGACAUCGAGGGCGCCAAGAUGCGCGUGCCGGCUCGCGUCGAGAGCGGCCAGUUCGUUGUCUGCGAGAAGACGACCUACUCCUACCAGGCCGAUGAACGGGAGAUCUCUGCCAAACUGACAGUCGUCUGGGACGGCGAUCAUCUUGUGGACGCCACCAACAUCACGCUCUACAAGUGCGGCGUGCUGGGCAGCCACCGCGGCCACGCCGACUGCUCGCUGUGCGUCACCCGCGACGCGCGCUACAAGUGGUGGUGUGACGGCACGUGCUCGCACAGCGCUGACUGUCGUCAGAGGCCAAUGCUCGAGUGUCCCAAGCCGCGCAUCGACCUGAUCUACCCGCUGAGCGGACCCGUCGAGGGCGGCACCCUGCUCACCAUCGAGGGAUCCAACCUGGGUCGCAGCGCCGAGGACGUGCGAGACAGGAUCCGCGUGGGCGGCGUGCCGUGCACCCUGGUCGAGUACCAAGUGUCGGUGCGCAUCGUCUGCCGCACCGGCGCCGCGCCGCACCCCAUGAACGUCGCCGUCGCUGUCGGCAACGACGCCGGCUUCGACGAGUCGGCCGUCAAGUACAGCUACCACGACAUCCAGCUGUUCGACGUGCACCCGCGCAUCGGCCCGGAGAGUGGCGGUACGCGCCUCACCCUCUCCGGCGGCCACCUGACGGUCGGGUCGCGAGUGCGCGUCUGGCUGGACCACCUCCCGUGCGCGGUCACCCAGGGGCCGGGCCAGCUGAGCUGCGUGACCGCACCUUCGGACGGCACGCGCUCCGUGCGCACACUGACCCUGCAGAUUGACGCCGCCAACCGGACGCUAGUCGGAAACCCGUUCAACUACACCAGUGACCCGGGGGUGCAGGAGAUAAAACCGCUGCGAUCGCCCGAGUCUGGGGGACGCCUCAUCAUGGUGCACGGAACGAACCUGGAUGCCAUCCAGAAGCCGCUCAUGACUGUCUUCCUAGACGACCAGGAGCAGCCUCUCAACGUCACGGUCUGCCGCGUGCUCAGCAACACCCAGAUGCAGUGCCCGUCGCCUCCCGUUGACCCGCGCGCCGUGAGAGGUCUCGGGUGGCAGCGGCGCAGCCCCGACAAGCCUCCAUCCAAGUUCGCCCGCUCGCCACGGCCGCCCAACGACGACGUUCUCAGUCUCAACAUCGGCUUUGUCAUGGACGACGUCGCGAGUGUGCGCAACCUAAAGCAGCACCGCGCUCCGAUGAACAGCGUCCUGCUCUACGUCCAAGAUCCGGUAGUCAUGCCGUUUCCGGGCCGCGUCAAGCUCUACAAGGGCGACACUCUCGUCAUCGAGGGCCAGAACCUGAACCUGGCCGCUGACGAGAGUGACAUCCGGGUCCUCAUCGGCACCCACUCCUGCAACGUCACCUCCCUGGCGCUUAGCCAGCUAGUGUGCAGUCCCCCGGCCGUCCAGCCGCCGGGGACAGACGACCUGGGCCGGCAGACUCCCGAGGGCGUGCCCCUGGUGGUGGUCAGGGUCGGCGAAAACCUCCGCUUCCCGCUCGGCCUGCUGCGCUAUGAGAUGAUCAAGCCGUACACGUUCCCGCCGGAGGUGGUCGGAGGGAUCGCCGCCUCGGGCGUGUUCCUCGUGCUGCUGUCCGUCGUCAUACUGGUGGUGUACCGGCGCAAGUCGACACAGGCAGAGCGCGAGUACAAGAGGAUCCAGAUCCAGAUGGACACGCUCGAGAGCAAUGUGCGCAUGGAGUGUAAACAAGCGUUCGCCGAACUUCAGACGGACAUUACGGACCUCACGGCCGACCUCGAGUCGACCGGCAUCCCCAUCUUCGACCACCGCACGUUCGUCAUGAAGGUGUUCUUCCCGGGGGUGACCGACCACCCGAUCCUGGGCGACCCCAAGCUGCGACUGAACGGCACGCGCACCAACUUCGACACGGCCAUGCAGCAGUUCGAGCAGCUCAUCAACAACCGCUACUUCCUGCUUACCUUCAUCGAGGUUCUCGAGUCUCAGAAGUCCUUCAGCAUCCGUGACAAGGUCAACGUGGCCUCCCUGCUCAUGGUCAUCCUGAUGUCCCAGAUGGAGUACGCCACGGAGAUCCUUCGCCUCCUGCUGCUGAGGCUCAUCGACAAGUCCAUCAACUCCAAGUACCCGCAGCUUAUGCUGCGCCGCACUGAGAGCGUGGUAGAGAAGUUCCUCACCAACUGGAUGGCGCUCUGUCUGUACGACCACCUGCGCAGUGAGUCUGCCGCCAGUCUGUUCCUGCUGACGGCCGCCAUCAAACACCAGGUGGAGAAGGGGCCCGUGGACGCCCUGACGCACGACGCGCGCUACUCGCUGUCGGAGGAGCGCCUGCUGCGAGAGCAGAUCCCACACAGCAUUGUGGUGAGUACGAACGGAACGAGUGGGGAGUAGGGGAACCGGGAAGAC